AUGCUCUUCGACAUAAAUGAAGAUAUAGAUGAAGAAGAAGAUUUAGAGGGUACCACUGUUGUUUCGGAUGAUGAGGUUCGAGUUGAAGCACCAAGGUCGGGUAUGGAAUUCCCCAGUGCGAAAGAGGUUAAGACCUACUACAAGCAAUAUGCCAAGCAAGAGGGUUUUGGUGUAUGGUCAUUUAGGACUAGGAGAGAUGAUGAAGGGAGACCGGUGUACGUGACAUUUGGUUGUUCCCGUGGCGGGAAGUACCAACCUAAGGGUAACAAUAUCUCGAGGCCACGGCCAACAACCAAAACAGGUUGUAAGGCGAGGGUAAAUGCGACUUUGAAUAAGAAUGAGAAAUGGGUAUUCACCACUGUUGUAAAUGCGCACAACCACAUCACUGUGAGCCCCAAGAAGACAAGACUUUUGCGAUCUCACAAGUGUCUUGAUGAAUACAGUCAAAGGAUUCUCAAGCUUAAUGAUAGAGCUGGUAUACGAAUGAGCAAAAAUUACUAUUCACUUGUCGUUGAUGCAGGGGGUUUUGACAAUCUUCAAUUUCAAGAGAAAGAUUGUCGAAAUUUUAUUGAUAAGGCGCGACAUUUGAGGUUGGGCAAAGGAGGUGGCGACGCCCUUAAUCAGUAUUUUCAAAGAAUGAGAGAUCAGAAUGACGGUUUUGUCUCUAAUAUGGACGUGGAUGAUGAUGGAAGGUUACGGAACAUGUUUUGGGCUGAUGCUCGGAGUCGAGCGGCCUAUGAAUAUUUUGGCGACGUUGUAACUUUUGAUACAACGUACCUAACAAAUAGGUACGGGAUGCCGUUUGCCCUAUUCGUUGGUGUUAACCAUCAUGGGCAGUCCAUAUUAUUAGGAGCGGGGUUGCUUUCAAAUGAGGACACAAAUACUUUUAUCUGGUUGUUUCAAAUGUGGUUAAGUUGCAUGAAUGGUAAGGCACCCAAAGCUAUCAUAACCGACCAAGAUUGGGCAAUAAAGAAUGCUAUUGCAUGUGUAUUCCCCCAAACUAGACAUAGAUAUUGUUUAUGGCAUAUUAUGCGCAAACUUCCAAAGAAGUUAGGGUCUCAUGCCAAAUUCAAUGCGGGGUUGAAGACUGACAUUCAAACUGCAUUAUAUGACUCACAGACUACUACAGAAUUUGAGGAAAAUUGA